AUGACUACAUCCCCCGAUAUCAGCUUCUAUCGCGUCUGCCUCAUCGGCGCCGAGACCGCCAAAGUCAAUGUCAUAGCUCCCCAUUUCGGCGAAGAGCCAUGUAUACAAGGCCACAACGGCUCAGGCUCCGUCUUCUUCUCCGGGUGCAACCUCCGCUGCGUCUUCUGCCAGAACCACGACAUCGCGCACCAACGCAAUGGCUUUGACGCCACACCGGAAGAGCUGGCUGAAUGGUAUAUGAAACUGCAAAAUGUGGGAAAGGUGCACAAUAUCAACCUGAUCACGCCGGAGCAUGUGGUUCCGCAAGUCGUGCUGUCCAUACUGCGCGCCAAGGACUUGGGGCUGCGCUUGCCGAUAGUCUACAAUACAUCUGCGUUUGAUUCGCCGGAGUCACUGGAAUUGCUUGAUGGUUUGGUAGAUAUAUACCUGCCGGACUUCAAGGUCUGGACAAAAGCCUCGUCGAAGCGGUUGCUCAAGGCAGAAGAUUACGCAAGUGCAGCGAUGGAGAGUAUUAAAGCUAUGCACGCUCAAGUCGGCGAUCUAUGCUUUACCACCGACGGAAUUGCCAAAAAGGGACUCCUAUUGAGACAUCUUGUCAUGCCAGGGAAAGAAGAGGAAGGACAAGAGAUCAUGCGAUGGCUUGGUGAUAACGUUUCAAGAGACAUUUUCGUCAAUAUCAUGGAACAGUAUCAUCCUGAUGCUCAUGUUGGUAAGUCCUCGAGGUCCUCGCCAGCUCCUUCGAGUGUCGGAUCAUCGGAAGAGCUUCCAACAAGUGAGCCUGGUGGUGGACCUUCGUCGAUUACGUCUGCACGGUAUAGCGAGAUCAAUCGGACUGUUACAGGACAGGAGAUUUCGAGCGUCCGCAGGGCUGCUGAGAAUGCCGGCAUAUGGAGGUUCUGUGAUCCUGUUCGUCAUGACGGUUUCAAUAUAUAG